AUGGCGGCGGCGGCGGCGGCGGGUCGGCUAGGCUGGUUGCUCGCCGCGCUCUGCCUGGGCAACGCCGCCGGCGAGGCGGCGCCGGACCCGCGAGUGCUGGGCGUCUGUCUAGAGGAGGACGGAGCGGCGGGCGCGGGGUGGGCGCACGAAGGGGAGGUGCGGGCAGCGCCGGAGGCCACCUUCCGCUUGCGCCUCUUCGGCUCGGGCUUCUCCAACAGCUCCUGGUCCUGGGUGGCUCCUGAGGGGGCGGGUUGCCCCGAGGAGGCGGCAGCCCUCACGGGCGAGUGGCGCGCACUGCUGCGCCUGCGCGCCGAGGCCGCACGCCCGCACUCGGCGCUGCUGGCCGUGCGUGUGGAGCCGGGCGGCUCGGCGGCCGAGGAGGAGGCGCCGCCCUGGGCUCUGGGCCUGGGGGCGGCGGGGCUGUUGGCGCUGGCGGCUCUGGCGCGGGGCCUGCAGCUGAGCGCACUGGCGCUGGCGCCCGCCGAGGUGCAGGUGCUGCGCGAGAGCGGCUCGGAGGCGGAGCGUGCGGCGGCGCGGCGCCUGGAGCCUGCACGGCGCUGGGCGGGCUGCGCCCUGGGCGCGCUGCUGCUGCUGGCCAGCCUGGCCCAGGCGGCGCUGGCGGUUCUGCUGUACCGCGCGGCUGGCCAGCGCGCAGUCCCCGCCGUGCUAGGCAGCGCGGGGCUCGUGUUCCUGGUGGGCGAGGUGGUGCCGGCUGCCGUGAGCGGGCGCUGGACGUUGGCACUGGCGCCGCGCGCGCUGAUCCUCAGCCGCCUGGCGGUGCUGCUCACCCUGCCCGUGGCGCUGCCGGUGGGCCAGCUGCUGGAGCUGGCGGCGCGGCCAGGGAGGCUGCGCGAGCGCGUGCUGGAGCUGGCGCGCGGCGGCGGCGACCCCUACAGCGAUCUCAGCAAGGGCGUGUUGCCCUGCCGGACAGUGGAGGACGUGCUCACGCCCCUCGAGGACUGCUUCAUGCUGGAUGCCAGCACCGUGCUGGACUUCGGCGUCCUGGCCAGCAUCAUGCAGAGCGGCCACACGCGCAUCCCCGUGUACGAGGACGAGCGCUCCAACAUCGUGGACAUGCUCUACCUCAAGGACUUGGCUUUCGUGGACCCCGAAGACUGCACGCCGCUCAGCACCAUCACCCGCUUCUACAAUCACCCACUCCACUUCGUCUUCAACGACACCAAGCUGGACGCCGUCCUGGAGGAGUUCAAGCGAGGGAAGUCCCAUCUGGCCAUCGUGCAGAAGGUGAACAACGAGGGUGAAGGUGACCCCUUCUACGAGGUGCUGGGCCUGGUCACCCUGGAGGAUGUCAUCGAGGAGAUCAUUAAGUCUGAGAUCCUGGAUGAGUCUGAAGACUACCGAGACACUAUAAUAAAGAAGAAGCCUGCGUCUCUGAACGCCCCUCUCAGACAGAAAGAGGAGUUCUCCUUGUUCAAGGUGUCUGAUGACGACUAUAAAGUGAAAAUCUCACCUCAGCUGCUCUUGGCCACCCAGCGCUUCCUGUCCCGAGAGGUGGACGUCUUCAGCCCGCUGCGGGUCUCUGAGAAGGUCCUCCUGCACUUGCUGAAGCAUCCCAGCGUCAACCAGGAAGUGCGGUUUGACGAGAGCGACCGCCUGGCCGCCCACCACUACCUGUACCAGCGCAGCCGGCCGGUGGACUACUUCAUCCUCAUCCUGCAGGGCAGGGUGGAGGUGGAGAUCGGGAAGGAGGGCUUGAAGUUCGAAAAUGGGGCCUUCACCUACUACGGGGUUUCUGCCCUGACAGCGCCAUCCUCGGUUCACCAGUCCCCGGUGUCCUCGCUCCAGUCCAUCCGCUACGACCCACCGCCCGAGCCCGCUGACAGCACCCGCUUGUCUGCGUAUUGUCCCGACUACACCGUGAGGGCCCUCUCUGACCUGCAGUUCAUCAAGGUCACUCGGUUGCAGUACCUCAAUGCACUCCUGGCCACCCGUGCCCAGGCGCUGCCGCAGUCCCCGGAGAACACGGAGCUUCUGGCCAUCCCCGGCAGCCAGACCAGGCUCCUCGGUGACAAGGCGGCCACAGCCCCAGGAUCCAACCACAGCAGACCCGGCCUCCCAGCAGAGGAGAGCCCCGGGCGGAACCCGGGAGUUUAGCCGCUUGUCAAGCAGCCCCAGGUCUGGGGAAUAGACAAGCACGUGGGGAACUGGAGCAAGCCGGAAAGCAGCUUCCUGCCAGCCCAUCCCGUCCCCUGCGGGCCACGUUUUAGAUGGCCUUGUACGUGCAGGUCCUGGCUGUCCUCCGAACCAGACAUCAGUGCCAGGAGCCUUCAGCAGGUUCUGCCUCCCCACCCCUAGAACACGAGGGUCAGUGGGGGCCAGCCCUCCAGGUCUGCUGCCGAAUGGAGUGAAAGGAACAGCGUCAUCUCCAGUCCCCGGGGCCAGCUUCCCUGUGACAGUGUCUUUAUACCUCUCCGGCCAGGCCACGAUGUGAGCGCGGUAACUGCCUUCCUGUGGCCGUGACCUGCACUCUCUCUGCUUCAUUUGCCAACCUUCUGCUGCUGGCAGCACCUCUUGAGCAAACCGAGCGCACCAUGUGGGCUGGGGGUUCACAUCCGUGGGCUUGGCCACGCCAGCCUUGCUGGCUUCCCUUAUGACACCAUGCUUCCAGGCAUGUGCGAAAGCUGGAAGCUGUGUCCUCCAGGCCCGCUGCCUCCCAUGGAGGUGGCUUUUCCUGCCCUGUCCCAAGCCCAGAGCGAGCACACUGGCCCCUGCGGGGUUCAAGAGCCCCUUCUUCCUGCCGCUCCUCCACCUGCCUGGCUCAGUGGCACUAACAGUAUUGUUUUCCGUGUGUUAAGCAGAGGUCACAGGUGGGGGGAAGGGAUUGCUGUGAUGCACCUGAUCCGUUGUCGUUAGAUCCCAGAGUGGGUCGCUGGAGGCCCCCGGGGUGCUGUGUGCCUGGAAAGCGCAUGGAGAGCAGCAAGGGAGGCAGGGCUGGGUAUGGACCAGGUAGACCCCCGUCACCUGUCUUUGGAAAAAAGGUGAAAUCAAAAGUUUUUCUUAGAGCUCUGAGAUGUUUUAAGCUCAUGGUUUUAUUCCCAUUCCAGCUCUCUGGGGCUUCAGAGAAGUGGGAACAAGAAGGCGUUUGUAUCGUCUUCUGGUUACCUACAUCCACCUUCCGUGGUGCUUUAGCUGCGCAGAAACUGGGGCAUCAUGGGGAUCCCAGGGAGGGAGGCAGGAGGAUUUCUGAACCUUUCUCAGUGGCAUUUGGGUCCUUAUCCAGGAUCAGUGGGAGUGAAGGCCAAAAAACAGUGGCCUGCUCACUUAGAAACUUCUCAAGGAAUUCUCUCUCAAGAGCAAACCCAGGUGGGAAAUAGAUACUUGAAAAUUUUUUCUCUCUGCAGAAGAGUGGUGGUUAACCUUGGCUGCACAUUGGAAUCACAUGGCAAGUUAAAAAUACUGCUCCCUGGGCUGCUCCCCCCAACCCACCCACCCAGGGAUUCUGAUUUAAUCAGUCCAGGCAUCAGGAUUUUAUUCUGUAAAAUUAUUUUAUAUUCACAGAUCACGCCUGCUUCCCUGAAUGUUAACACCUAUAACCUUGGUGCACUUAUCAAAAUUAAAAAAUUAACACUGGUACAAAACUAUUAACUAAAUUACAGACUUCAUUUGGGUUUUUAUCAAAUUUUCCAUAAUGUCCUUUUCUGUUGCAGGACCCAACCCAGGACACCAAGUUGCAUUUAGAGCUAUUGCCUUUUUUCCUCUUUUUCUCCUAUAACUUUUUACUUUGAAAUAAUGACAGAUUCAUAGGAAGUUGCAAGGAUAGAGGUCCCAUGUAUCCUUCCCCCAGUUUUCCUCCAUGAUUACACUGUCUUACAUAGUUAGAGUUCAGUAUGAAAACCAGGAAUCUGACUCUGGUGCAAUGUGGGUAUGUAGUUCUGUAGCAUAUCACAUGUAGAUUUGUGUAACCGCCACUUCAGUCUAGAUACAGAACUGUUCCUCACUAGGAUCUCCCUCCAACAGAUGCUCUUAAAGCCACACCCAGCCCCUCUGGCCACUACCCGUAAUCCCUGGCAACCACUAAUCUGUACAUCAUCUCUGUAAUUUUGUCAUUUGAAGAAUGCUGUAUAAAUGGGGUCCUGUGGUAUGUAAGUGUGGGGACUGGCUUUCUUCACUCGGCGCAUUGUUCUGGGGUCUCCUCCAGGCUGUUGCACAUGUCAGUCAGUUGUUGCUUCAUGAUUGCUGUGUGGUAUUCCACCACAGACUCGCUGUCCUAUAUAAGGACAUCUGGGUGGGUUCCGGUUUUUGGCUAUUCCAAAUAAAGCUGCUAUGAACAUUCAUCACA